AUGUCAAAUUUCAGAAGACAGCUCGUCAGGAAUAUAAUUAUAUUUGACCAAAUCUCAUACAAACUUUCAUUCUUACAGACAUCAGGUAGCUCACUUCGAAUACCUUGGACGAUAAAGAUGGCAUCCAGUAACCUUCCUUCUGUAACUACGCGAAAGAGGAAGGUAGAACAACCAGAAUCUUUGUCAAGCAGUAAAAAGCUGAAAGUUGCUGUGAGCUCCGUCAAUGAAUCGUUGACCACACCUGACCCAAAGUACGCCCUUUCCGCUGCUCACGGUAUUGUGCUGAGGAAAUACUACCCUCAUGAGAUGAAUAAUGCGCGCGCUCAGGCUUACAAAGACAACGCGCUCACACGCCCUAUCAGUAUCCUCAAUGCCGCACUUGCCGAAACUCACAAGUUGCGAGAGAACACCAAAGUAGGGAAGGCGGUGGUCCAUUGGUUCAAGAGUGACUUGCGGGUAAAGGAUAACCAUGCCCUCUCGGCAGCGAGCGAAAAAGCUAGGGAAGCUGAUGUACCCCUUCUCGCACUCUUUAUUCUUAGCCCACAGGAUCUAGAGGCGCAUUUGACAGCUCCCAUUCGAGUUGAUUUUUUGUUACGAUCACUGAAGCUAUUACGUGACGAUCUAGCAGUCCUAAAUAUUCCACUACAUAUCAAGACUAUAGAAAAACGAAAGGAAAUACCCACCCUAAUCGCCGCACUUUUGGCAGAAUGGGAAGUGAAACAUAUAUUUGCCAAUAUUGAAUAUGAGGUGGACGAGCUGCGGCGAGAUGCUGAGAUUGUUCGCGGGAUAUCUAAGCAAGAAAUAGCAUUUGACUUACGGCACGAUAGUUGCAUAGUGCAACCUGGAAAAUUGCUCAGCGGCACUGGUAACGCGUACUCGGUCUAUACGCCUUGGUAUCGUGCAUGGAUGGCACACGUUCACUCCAAUCCCGAUCUUUUGGAGACUUUUCCCGCGCCGACGCCCAACCCGUCAUCAAUAACCUCUGAUUCAACCUACACAUCGCUAUUCAAUUGCCCUAUACCCAAACCACCCGAAAAUAAACGACUAUCUUUUGAUGAGACCAAGAGAUUUUCAGCUCUCUGGCCGGCUGGUGAAAGAGAGGCAUCAGACCGUCUAGAAAAGUUUUGCAAAGAGCGGAUCACUGGCUACAAAGCCAAGCGAAAUUUCCCGGCCGAAACCGGUACGUCAAGUCUAAGUCCACACUUCGCAUUAGGAACACUGAGCUCUCGGACUGCUGUCCGAGCUGCGAGGGAAAGUAGUGGCUCGAAGAAGAUAGAUGGAGGAAACGAAGGAGUUCAGACUUGGAUUUCUGAGGUAGCAUGGCGAGAUUUUUAUCGGCAUGUUCUCGUCGCCUUUCCUUAUGUCUGUAUGAAUAAGCCUUUCAAACCGGAGUAUAGUAAGAUUGAAUGGGAAUACAACGAUGACCACUUUAAUGCAUGGAAGGAAGGACGCACGGGGUAUCCGAUUGUCGAUGCUGCUAUGCGACAGUUAGCUUACACAGGCUGGAUGCAUAAUCGACUACGUAUGGUCGUGGCCUCUUUCCUCACAAAACACCUCCUGCUUGAUUGGCGUCUUGGUGAGCAGUAUUUUAUGCUUAAUCUCAUCGAUGGCGAUUUUGCCUCAAAUAAUGGGGGAUGGGGCUGGAGUGCAGGUUCAGGAGUAGAUCCACAGCCUUACUUUCGAAUCUUUAAUCCCGAGCUCCAGUCGGAAAAAUUCGACAAAGAAGGUCACUUCAUUCGUAAAUGGGUACCAGAACUAAAGGGAGUUCGGGGGAGUAAGCCAAUCCAUGACCCGUACGGACGGGGUGCUGCCUCAGAAGCAAAGAGCGGUGGAUAUAUUCCACGUAUUGUGAAUCACAAGGAGGCAAGAGAGCGGUGUUUGCAAAGGUACAAGGAAGGUUUGGGAAAGGUGACCAGUUGA